UUCCUCAGCGCCUGUCUGUCUCUCUUCUGUUCUUCUUCUUUGGCCUUUAUAAAUUUAUGUUUUCUUUUUCCAACCUGUUGCAAUCUCUCCUCUCACGUUCUCACCUUAUAAAACUUUUUCUCUCUAAUCUUUCCCACCCCCUUCUACAUACAACACAUAUCAUCAUCUGAUCUGUUCUGGUAAUUCAGUUAACCAAGUUCUCUCCACUAUUCUAUAUAUCUCAAUUUUACAAGAUACAUGUGUAGUUAACUAGCUAGCAAGGGUAGUUUUCCUGUAAGAUAUCAUCAUAUACAUAUAUAGAGUGAGAUAUUCGUGUUUGAUCAUUGCUAAGUAAGAGAUGACAAUGAGUCCUAUCAUCAACAACAUCGUUGGACAGUUUGGAGAUACAACAUUAACAAAAGUAUUUGUUGGUGGAUUAGCAUGGGAAACACAGAAAGAAGCUGUGAGAGAACAUUUUGAGAAAUAUGGUGAUAUCUUAGAAGCUGUUAUCAUUUCUGAUAAAAUUACUGGUCGAUCCAAGGGUUACGGCUUCGUCACCUUUAAGGAGCCAGAAUCAGCUAAGAAUGCUUGUGAAGAUGCCACACCUGUCAUCAACGGACGUCGAGCAAAUUGUAAUCUAGCUUCACUCGGUGCACGACGACCUCGCUCAACUCCGGCUACUCCUCCUCCUGUUAUAUCGCCACAAGGAUCUAACGUUGGACCGAGAUCCACCUCAGCAGCACCAGCGAAUCGGAUACAGUGGUAUUACCCAGCCGGUACUCCGGCUACACCUUAUCAUCACCAACACGCUGUUCCUUAUCAUCCUUAUGCGUACUCUCCAGCUUACAUGGCUGCCGAUUACAACCCGAAAGCAGGGUCCUACGUGAAUGGGCAUUUCACUCGGGUGUAUCCAGGAGGACAUGGUAUGGUGAGUGCAAACACAAUGAUGCCUGUUUAUCCAUACUAUCAGUACCACCACCAAACACAAAUGGGAGUUCCUGCUGCUCACAUGUAUCCUUCCGCGACAGCAGCUUCAAUCCCAACUAUCAUCUCUAAGCCUCCUUCCAUGGCUCCUAAUUCAGUUUGUUUGGCUGUGGAAUAGGUAGAGUACCUGCAGGAUGCAGGUGAAAAUUUUGAGAGACGGCAUAUGUGGAAGCAAAUAACAUAAGGCUGGUGAGAGGAUUUGAUCAGGAUAACAUCAAUAUCAUGUGAUGAUCCGGGGUCCCUCACCCAUUAUUUUCCUAUCAUUUUUUUUUUUCCUUUUUGGAUUUUUUUUUAGGGAUUUGUUAAGAGAUUCAUUACUUUCUCUAACUCUGCAUCUCAAAUCGAGAAGCAUUUAGAAAGAAAACAGGAAGAACAAAAAAAAAAAAAAAAAAUGUAACAGAAGUCUUUUUGUUUACCCAUGUUAUUUAAUGGUUAACCUUUA